AUGAUAUCAUAUCACGAGAAGCUGCUUCAUGCUGGACCACAGCUGAUCAUCGCUACUAUACGUGAAAAAUUCUGGCCACUGCGAGUACGCAACCUGGCGCGGAAAGUAGUACACGGUUGCCUCAAGUGCUUUCGCUGCAAACCUUCUGCUCUCGAACAAAUCAUGGGAGAUUUACCUGUUGAACGUGUCACUCCGACAUUCCCGUUCUUCAACACUGGUGUUGAUCUCUGCGGGCCACUAUUCUAUCGACACGCUCCAAGAAAAUCCUCUCCGGUCAAAUGCUACGUGGCAAUAUUUGUGUGCCUUGCAACGAAAGCGGUUCACAUCGAACUUGUAGCAGAUCUUUCGACGAAUGCGUUCAUCAUGGCUCUGAAACGCUUCGUAGCACGGCGUGGUAGGCCAUCCGUCAUCGAAUGUGACAAUGCGAAAAACUUUCUCGGCACCUCUCGAACGCUAGCGCAACUACGCGACCAAUUUCGUUCUCAGCAGCACAAGCACUCCGUCACCACUUACUGUAGUGAAGAAGGGAUCUACUUCAAGUUCAUUCCCCCACGGUCGCCCAAUUUUGGCGGACUUUGGGAAGCCGCGGUCAGAUCAUUCAAGAGGCAUCUCAAGGCAACGAUCGGAUUAACAAUUCUUCUCAAGGAUGACCUCGAAACGAUCCUGACGCAGAUUGAGAGCUGUCUAAAUUCCCGUCCGCUGACUCAGUUGACAUCCGAUCCAGAGGACUUGGAAAUUCUAACUCCAGGUCACUUUCUUAUACAUCGUCCGCUGGUCUCUAUCCCGGAACCGUCAUAUGAAGAAUUGCCGAAAAAUCGUCUGGACCGUUACCAGCAAACUCAAGAAUUCGUUCGACGCAUCUGGAAGCGUUGGAGCAUGGACUACCUGUCCGGACUGCACCCCCGCACCAAAUGGACCCGCCUACGGGAAAAUAUCAGCAUCGGGACGAUGGUGCUGUUAAAGGACGAAAAUCUUCCUCCGCUCAAGUGGCGCUUGGGCCGCGUGACGCAGAUCAUCCGUGGUGACGAUGGGAACGUUCGGGUAGUCUCUGUCCGAACCCAGGAUGGCGAAUAUCGACGCGCAAUUACGAAGGUUUGCGUGCUUCCUGUGCAGCAACCAGCACCUGCUGCAUCCAACGACAUUCUCUCCGGCAUGUAA